GUUUACAUGAAGUUAAUUCCAUAUAUUGUGUGCAUAUGUAUGUACACAUUAUGUAUUCAAUUCGUAUAUACAUAGUAUGUGCAUGUGAGGGAUAUUGAUUGAAGCCACAGGAGAAUGCAAUUUUAACAUAGAAUAUUACCACCUACAACGGGUAAAGUGGUAAUGAAAACUACAGUGGGUGAUAUUGAUUUAGAAUUAUGGACAAAGGAGGCUCCAAAGGCUUGCAGAAAUUUUAUACAAUUAUCUAUGGAAGGCUAUUAUGACAAUACCAUAUUUCACAGAAUUAUUAAGGGUUUUAUAGCUCAAGGUGGUGACCCAACUGGUACAGGAGAAGGUGGUGAAAGUAUAUACGGACAGCCAUUUAAAGAUGAAUUUCAUACGAGAUUACGAUUCUGUAGGCGAGGUUUGUUGGCUAUGGCAAAUGCAGGAAAAGAUGACAAUGGAUCUCAAUUUUUCUUUACUCUUGCCUCUGCACCAGAAUUACAAAAUAAGCAUACUAUAUUUGGUAAAGUUACUGGAGAAACUGUGUACAACAUGCUUAAACUUGAAGAAGCAUUAGUAGAUGAAAACGACAGGCCACUUUAUCCUCCAAAAGUAUUAAAAACUGAAAUACUGAAUAAUCCUUUUUCUGAUAUUGUACCUAGGGUAACAACGAAAAAAAGCGAAGAUGUGAAGGAUAGUAUAAAAAAUAAAAAAGCAGGAGUGAAAAAUUUUAAUCUUCUAUCUUUUGGCGAAGAGGCAGAAGAAGAUGAGGAAGAAUCUGUGAUAUUAAAUAAACAAUUCACUGGCAAAGGGAAAUCGGCGCAUGAUCAUUUAUCGGAUCCCAAAUUGAGUGCUCAACCAGCUGUUGAAGUAGCAGGACCUCCGAGCAAAAAGAAGAAAGAAGAUCGUAGUAGCGAUUGGGAAAGCGACAGUGAAGUAAAAUCUGCUGAAGAAUUGGAAGCUAUCAGAAAAGAGAAAGAAGCAAUGAAAGAAAGAAUAAAAAACAAAUUGAAGGAAACGAAGAAAGAACCGAAGAAAUCAAACACUUAUAAGGUGGAUGACACUGAAAUUGAUCAAGAUGAGAAAGAAGAAGAGUACUAUCUUGGAAAAGAUAGAGAAGAGGAACGCAAGAAGAAAGCGGAAGAAAUCAGAAAGGAAAUUCGCGACUUGAAGCGCGACGUUCAAAAUGAGAAGAAGGCAAAGGAGGAGGACAAGAAAUUGAAAGAACAGCAGGAAGAGAAGAAGGGUCAGAAGACGCAGAUAAUGAAGGAGUAUAUCGAGACUCAGGAGAAGUACAAAGAAGCAAAAUCGAAGUUGCCCAAAAAAGGUAAAAGCCGAGAAGAUUUCACGAUGGAUCUGUUGAAGAAGUUCAAGUCAAAACUUCAGAACGCAAAGGAGACCAAGAGAGAGAGGUCACCGACGCCACCAAGAAAAGACAGUAGUAAAGAUGAAGAAGACUAUGAUCCUACCGAUGAAUCCUGGAUGGUGCACUCGUUACAAUGCGAAGAGAAAGCUCCAGUCCUCGCGAAGGAUGCAAGCACGAAAGACGACGAUUGGUUCGAGAUUUACGACCCUCGGAAUCCAUUGAACAAAAGACGUAGGGGUGAAAAAUCGCAUAAACCAAAAGAGGAGAGAAAGUCUCAUGAGAAAUGUUUGCAAUCCGUAGAGGAGGGUGUUCGUCCAAGAGAUUGGCAGCCUCGUAGAUCUGAGUACAAGGUACCGCUGAGGCUAUUGCGAUUAUGUUUGCUCGGAAUGAUUCUCCCGGCCGUGUUGGUAGCGGGGCCGAUGUACUUGCGAUACCGUGUUUAUUCCGAGCAAUUGUACCCUUUAACCGUCUCCGAUCAGAGGCUUAUCGACGCGAAAGUGUCAACGACAUGGUGUCAGAGCCAGGUGAUUAAAGUUAACGCGACGUUCAACGCUUAUCUGAUGAGCGAGGAGCCUCAGGUGGAAAGCAAGGUGCAACCUGUAUCGAUGACCAGACACUUGAUUUUAGAGGACGACAUGAAGGAGUAUUGGGGGUUUUAUCUUCUCCAAGGUAGCAGCGUCACCGUCUCCACCUGCGUGAGAUGGCCCGGUGCUUCGUUGACGAUAAUUCGCGGGCACAAGCAUCUUCAUGAAUGCGCUUUCAUCGGCGAUGACAGCAGCGAGGAGUUGGAGGAGCUGCUCGAGGUCGCCAAAGAGACCGGGCUCGUUUCGGUUAAUGGAACGGACGAGGACAAGAGUCCCAGCAACGAGCCGAACAAGAUGAAGCGAGUGGAGCAAGGAAUACAGUUCCACCACAAGGACCAAAACCUUCUUCUGAACAGCUCGACCCACUUGACCAAUUCAAUGGCGCACAAUUACAACAGCCACGAGUUGGACGCGAAAGCCAUGAGAGCAAUCCUAACUGAGCUCUUCGCAAAAAAACUGGGCACGAAGAAGAAGCAGAAGGAGAACCCUCAUCACCAUUACGAGGGUACUUUCGUAGAGGUAGCCAACAUUGACAAGCCACCUGUUCAACAUCCUGCUGGACAUCCCCCUGUACAUCAUCCUGAGCAACAUCCUGGACAACAUCCUGAACAUCAUCCUGGACAUCCCCUAAGUGUUCAAGAAAUUGUCGAAAGCGUAGAACAAAAGGCAGCAGAGCUUGCGGACAAACUUUCUGUUAAACAAGGCGAAGUUGGAGCUAAAGCGACGAUCGCUUCGGUAAAUGUUACCGAAAAAUCCGCGUACGAGAACAGAGAACACGAUGAGAAUCGUAACGGCGGCCAGGAAAUACCUAAAAAUGAGGAACAAGGGGAGCCUACGUCUGCAGAAGUGGUCAAAGAAGUAUUGGAUCGAAUCAAUUCGCUGGGUUAUCGAGGCCAGAAGAUUUUCAAGAUGCUGAUGACUGAGAUGGAGAAGAGUGGCGCUGAGACUGAGACGCUGAAGAGAGUGGUGGACGAAACCAUGAAGGAUCAGAAGCUCUCGGAAGCUGAGAAACGCAGGAGACGAAGGGAUUUGGUCUUGUCUUCGCCGCUUCACAAGCAGCUGACGCAAGAGGACGAGGACGAAGACGCUGCCGUCGAAGAGGAUAUGUUGCACCCAGAUGGCAUAGCAGAGGACAGAGGCACAGUGAAUGAGACGAUGUUGAACGACAGGAGCAACUCCGAAUUUUGGAGUUCAUUCAGCAGCUCCGAGGAACGCCUGCUGGAUUGUAAAGGGUUGAUCUUGAACUUACCUUUGACACCUCAUAGACACUGCACACCGAAAUACGAGAAAAAACACUCGGAAGCCUCGUUUGCAAACACGGUCACUUACAGAGUCCCUAUGAACGGAUAUUACUUUUUCGUCUUCAACUCCGAGAACGAGAUCCAGCCGAACUAUUUGCGGGUGAACUUCGACCUUCUGAAAACCGUGUACAACAUCUCGAACGCUGUCCACGAGUGCAAGAACAGCACAACAGAGUGUUCCCUGCCGUUCAAGCUGUUCAGCAACGAGAGAACUGUUCUGGAGCUACCGUUGAGUGGCAACGACUCUCAAUGGAACCAAGAGUACGUGGUAGUUUCGACGUGCGAGCCAAGAACUGCGAUCUACCUGCUCUGUAUCCUAAUGGUUCCCUUACUCAUCCUUGUGUUUGCCUUCCAUUGACAUCAUGCUUGUCAAUACGGUCAGCGGGGCAGCGUACUGAUCCCGCUGACAAUGCUCACUUGUAAAUAUUAGGCUUAGAUCGGACCGAGUGACGAAUCAUUGCUACAGUGACGACAGUGUAACAGUAUUUUUCCUUUGCGCUUCGAAUCGGCAGCGACACGUUGUUGCUGUUAGUUAAUUAGUUGAUAAUCGUACAUAGAUAGUCGGAGAGGGCGGUGUGCUUUGGAAAUCGAUGUCAGCCAUAGUUCUUAAAAUGUUCGGGGACUUUAGUCCUGUUGCCAUCCGUUGCAACAGUACUGAUUUAACUAGAGGUUUACAUAAUCAUGAGGACUUUCGACGGCGGGCUGGAAAUCCGUUUUUUCGUCCGCGGAAACUGAAUUUCACAAUUUCAAUCACAAUUUUGAAAACAUUUUUCUAUACAUCGAUUGACAACUCUUCCAUGCUUCAAAAUUCAUAAUACCAGAUUCAAAAUUUCAAAGUGAAAUCAAUUAUUUUAACGGUUAAACCAACCGAGUGGGGAGAUCUCCCCGUUUUAAAUUCAGUCGAUUGAU